UUUAAACUAAGCCACUCCCUAAUCUCACAUCAGCCAAUCAGAAGAGAAGGCUAGAUGAGCAGUGACCAAUGUGUGCAGGGAGCAGCUUGCCCAGUGUUUCCGGGUUUGAAGAGACGAGACAUGUCUUCCAGUCCGGAGGAGGAGCUGAGAACCGUCCUAGACGGAGGAGCUGUCCCGCUUACAGAUAAAUACGAUGUGGCCCCCGAGAGCCCGCAACCAAUGAAACUGAGGCACAACGUAUGUUAUAUUGUCAUGGGCAUCUUAGUGAAUGAACAGAAUGAGGUGCUGAUGAUGCAGGAGGCCAAGGCGGAGUGCUGGGGGAGCUGGUACCUCCCUGCUGGGCGGCUGAAGAGAGGGGAAAGCCUGGUGGAGGGUCUGUGCCGGGAGGUGACGGAGGAGACCGGGCUCCUGUGCCAGCCCCUCACCCUGCUGGUGGUAGAAGAGAGGGGCGGCUCCUGGGUUCGAUUUGUAUUCCUCGCUCAGGAAACAGGGGGCGUUCUAAAACCUUCUGCCGCAGCAGACAAGGAAUCUCUCCAGGCGUCGUGGUGGGACACAGAGUCGCCCUUGCCCCUGCGCAGCAGAGACAUUCUUCCUCUCAUCAAGCUGGCCUUGGAGUAUCGCCGCCUGCCCUCACAUCCGUCUGUCCUACCACAGUUGUGCCCGUCUCCCUUUCUCGUCCUCCGGCUGCUUCUUGUGUGGACGAGUCCCGGAGGAAUCCAGAUCCUGCAGAGCUCCAGCGGCCAUCUCCCCACCAUUGUGUGCGCUGCGCGUUGCGGCAGCCUCCUCGCUCCGUUGCUCUACCUGCUGCAAGAUCGUCCUGAGACAUACGGCAUCUUAGGCGUCCAGCACCAAGGUGGGGACAAUGCAGAUGGAGUGUGCUUUAAUAUCAUGGGGUUGUUCCAGGGGCCUGAACCGCCCGUGGUCAGAACAGGGGGUCUCAGCUGGGCUACAGUUGAGGAUGAAGGACUGAAAGAACGACUGGAGCAAGCGUUGCAGAAGAACACCCUGCUGCCUUUACAUAGCUGAAUCCUUGUUCCUCUGUAAUUCCUCCUGGCACUGUAUACCUAAAUGGGAGUUCCCCUGGUAGAUAGGGAGUGUCCAUACAGUGUCAACCAGUAGUUGACUAAAAGGGGCCUUCCAAUGAGAAGAAGUAUCCGAUCAAUGGAGCGGUGGUCACACGUGCUCUAUGGGACAGCGUGCAUGCAUGACCGUUGCUCUAUUCACUCCGGCACCUCAUUCUUGUGAUUUGUGAGGGUCCCGAUCUUAUGGAUAACAUCUUGUGGUGGGACAACCCCCAUUAGGGAUACAUUUCCAGGAGGAAUAACAGGGGGGGGGAUGGUCUGAAAACGUAUUAAGGGCAAUAUAAGUCCAGAGAAUGGAGAGCUCCUCUUUAAUAUCACUAUAGCGUUUGGAUUUGUUAUCUUGCACCCCUCUCUUAGUAGGAUUCUUAAAGGGCCGUCCCUAAAUCCUGUCACAAUCCGCUAGCAUUCUGACAUCAGUGCAUGUGAAUAGGAUGUUUUAUGCCCUG